ACUUGAUUAUGGCUGGUAAUACAAAUGAUGCAAAGUGUUUAUCAUUUUCUAAUUGUGUUUUCCAGUUGAACAUGACAGAGACAUCUUCUACCAGAAGCCUUACUGGAAGGAGUUUAGAUUUGACCUAACUCAAAUUCCUGCAGGGGAGUCUGUGACAGCUGCCGAAUUCCGAAUAUACAAGAUGAGAAGUAUCACUCGGCACGCCAACAAAACCCUCCACAUCAGCAUUUAUGAGAUCGUGAAGGAGCACUCCAACAGGGAUUCUGACUUGUUCCUACUAGACCUCCAGGACCUCCGAGCAGGAGUUGAGGGCUGGCUGGUUUUUGAUGUCACAGCUGCCAGUAAUCACUGGCUAGUAGACCGCAAAUACAACCUGGGACUGCGACUUUAUGUGGAGACAGAUGAUGGGCAGAGUGUUGACCCGAGUUUAGCAGGACUUCUGGGUUGCCGUGGUCCACGAUCCAAGCAGCCCUUCAUGGUCACCUUUUUUCGAGCAACCCAAAACCCAACCCGAGUCACUCGGGCAGUCAAGCAACUCAGGAAGAGGCAGCCCAAGAAAACGAAUGACUUGCCGCACCCAAACAGGCUUCCUGGGAUCUUUGAUGACAUUCAUGUCACCGAAGGCAGACAGGUGUGCAGAAGGCAUGAGCUCUAUGUCAGCUUUCAGGACCUUGGAUGGCUGGACUGGGUGAUCGCACCACAAGGGUACUCUGCCUACUACUGUGAAGGAGAAUGUGCCUUCCCUUUGGACUCCUGCAUGAAUGCCACCAAUCACGCCAUCCUGCAGUCACUAGUCCAUCUGAUGAAGCCUGAAGCCGUCCCCAAGGCUUGCUGUGCUCCCACCAAGCUCAGUGCGACCUCCGUCCUCUACUAUGACAGCAACAACAACGUGAUCCUCAAGAAGCACCGAAACAUGGUUGUGAAAUCAUGCGGCUGCCACUGACACCCCAAGAAUAUAUGUUCACUGUUUGCCUGGGAAGCCAGGGUCAGACUCCUACCUACCUGUUGCCAAAGUUCAUAAAAGGGGGAGGACAAAAACCCUUGGAUGUAAAUAAUACAAAUCUCCUAUUAUCUUGCCCUAGUUCAUGAGACUUUAUAUAGAGAGAGAAUUUAUGGCUGGUUAAGUAUCUGUUGCGUUUGCAGCUAAUGGUUUUUCUUCUAGAGCUGUGGACUAGCUGGCUCCUGUGUUGUUAAUUACUGCUGGAAGCAGUUUAGACUGCAGAAUCAGGGCAAGGGGGGAACAGCACUUGGGCUGCUCCCAAAUCUAUCAGCAUCUAUCCACUAACACGGUUUUAACUGGCGCUUAUAGUUCCCCUAAAAGAAAACUCUCACCCAAUUUAAGUAGCUGGCUGCCUAACCCCUGUCCUGUUUACUUAGGGCUUAAAACUUCAGCCAGUUGGGGGGGGGGAGGGGGAUUACUGAGAGAGGACACUGUUAUAAAAUAAACACCUAGUUUGGAAAGU